AUGCUUCACGACAAGUGCUACGAUGCGGCAGUUGAUAAGAAACUGUGUCACGAUGUGGCAUGGGAGUACAUCGACAACUACAAAUGGAAAUGCACCAACAGCACAGCUACCUGCCUAGACACUCAUCCAUGCGAAAAAGCGUUGUGUGAAUGUGAUAUGGCUGUGGUGAAGUGCUGGUCGCAAUUCCCAAAACCUACGCAAAGGCAGAGAUGCAACCGUUCAAGACAGCCUCCAAAAUCGGAUUAUUUCCAGCACUGA